GCAAUUGUUUCUGUGAUGCGCCCGCAGUCGCCAACGGCGCGGCCCCGACAACGCGCGUGCGCGAGUGAUGUUAUUGGACCACUUAGCUUAUUGAGGAUUACUCUCGGCGUCCUCGCGUCCUGUUCAUAACCAUGGUUCGCAUUCCCAUGUUCGUGGGGCUUCUGUUGCUGGGGUGCCGCAGCUCCUCGCCGCAGGCGGUGCUCAAGACCUUCACGCUGGAGGAGCUGGUUCCCUUUCGAGGGGAGUUCGCCCCGGACAGACAUACUGGGGAUUGGAUCUCAGACAAAGAAUUUGUGCAUAGAGACCCUGGCCAGGGCAUCAUUAAGUACGAUGCUUCGACGCGAACUCAAUCGACGCUAGUAGACGAAAACGAAUUGUAUAAAUUGAGCGGCUACUCAGUUUCCAAGUUUUCGAAGGACCUGAAAUAUUUAUUGUUGACUUCCCAGGAGAAAAAGGUUUACCGAUAUUCACGCCUCGCCGUGUACUCGGUAUACGACCUCGGAAACAAGUCGACCCAAAACAUAAGCAAAGGGGACCUGCAGGUGGUGGCCUGGGGCCACGGCCACUCGCUGGCGUACGUGCAGAACAACAACGUGUACUACGUGCCCGACGCCGCGCGCCCCGACGACGUCACGCCGCUCACCACCGGGGGCAAGCUGGGGGAGGUCUACUUCGGCGUCGCUGACUGGAUCUAUGAAGAGGAGGUGUUGAAUGCGGCAGAGGCACUGUGGUUCUCGCCGGAAGGCACUUAUCUAGCGGUAGCAUCCUUUAAUGACACUAAAGUGGAAUCGGCUUCAUAUCCCAUAUACGGGAAUCCAUUUGAUAUGAAUAACCAAUACCCUGAAAUGGUGCGGUUCAAAUAUCCAAAGGCAGGUCGCGUAAAUCCCGCAGUAGGCUUACAAGUCUUCAAACUUGGAGAUCCUUCCAGUGAAGCAAAGAAUAUUCCUGCACCAGUAGACGUUGUUGGUCUUGAUCACAUACUAGGACGAGUGGCUUGGGCAUCCGACCACAAUCUCAUAGUAUUGUGGCUUAACAGACGACAAAACAUAGGUUUAUUGGUCAACUGCGACUUGACAAACUCCAAAUGUAAUAUCCUUCAGGAGCAAACGGAACCUAAUGGAUGGAUAGACAUAACUCAACCCUAUUUUGACAGCACGGGAACUAAAAUGCUGGACAUUCAGCAUCAAUACUCUGACGAUAGAAGGUUUUCACAUGCUACUAUUUUCGAUUUCAAUACUUCAGAAACGAAAGACCUAAGUUCGGGCAACGUGACUGUAACGGAAAUUUUAGGAUGGAACGAAGAGAAGAAUGUAGUCUAUUACGUUGCCGCGCCUGAGAGCUUACCAUGGCAAAGGCAUUUGUGGUCGUCGACAGUGAGUGGGGCCGAGGUGCGGUGCGUGUCGUGCAAGCAAUCGUCUUGUCAUGUCGUGGACGCAGACUUUUCACCAGGUGCCAGAUUUGGUAUCUUAUCUUGUAGUUCGAGUAAUGUUCCUCCUAAAAUAUUUUUAUACAGUGCACAGACUGAUGAAUUUGUAUUAUUGAAAGAUAAUUUAAGACUGAAUGAGAAAUUAAGCAAGUACAAGUUGCCAAUGACCUUGUUUAAUAAGAUAAAUUUGGGGGAGGAUGUGACGGCGAACAUUAAGCUGUUGCUGCCGCCAAUGAUUGAGAAGGGUCAGCAGUACCCCAUGGUGGUGCGAGUCUACGCCGGACCUGGGACGGCCCGAGUAUUGGACAACUUCGAUUUAGAAUACUACAAUAUGUACUUAUCAGCGAACAGAAGUUUUAUAUCAGCAUCUAUUGACGUGAGAGGCUCUAAAGUCAUGAGCGUUGAUAAUAUGUUCGCCGUGAACAACGCUCUUGGGACCGUGGAAAUAACUGACACUCUCGCUGCCAUCAGGCGUCUCGAGGAGUUGUACCCGUUCAUCGACCGGCGGCGCGUGGGUGUGUGGGGCUGGAGCUACGGGGGCUUCGCGACCACCAUGAUGCUCGCCCGCGACGACCAGCACCUGCUCGCCUGCGGCGCCGCCGUCGCGCCCGUCACCUCCUGGCUGUAUUAUGACUCAAUCUAUACCGAGCGUUACAUGGACACGCCGCAAGCCAACAGAGCGGGCUACCACAACUCGGACCUGAUGUCCUUGGCGGAGACCCUGCGCGGACGCAAGUACCUGCUCGUGCACGGCAGCGGCGACGACAACGUGCACUACCAGCACAGUCUGCAGCUCGCCAAAAUUCUGCAGCACUCUGACAUUGCCUUUGAACAAGUUAGCUAUACAGACGAGAACCAUUCGCUUCGAGGCGUGAGUCGGCACUUCUACCACACGUUGGAUCGCUUCUGGACUCAGUGUUUUUACUCCUAGUUAUUAGUUAUUUAAAUAUUUAUAUAAGACUAUGUAAAGGCCCCUACAACGAGCUUGUGUUCAGCGUUAUUGUAACAUUUUGAUCUCUAAACUGAAGAAGAAAUGAAUUCAUUUCUGAACUCAUUUACACGUGCCUGUU